AUGGCCCGCGGCAACCAGCGUGACCAGGCUCGUGCCAAGGCCCAGAAGGCCGCGUCCUCUGUUAAAUCCAAGAACAACAUGAGCGGCACCGAGUUUGCCAAGGCAAAGGAGGCGGCCGCCGACAUUAUGCGCCAGAAGCAGGCUGCUGCCGAGGCCAAGAAGGCGGCCGAGGCGGGAAAGAAAUAG